UUAAUCUCAAUCAGCCUUUCAAACUACAUAUUUUCCGCUAAUUUCACAGGUGGUUUAUGUGAAUGACAAUUUGUUUAAAUUAGAAAGGUAAUUUCUACCUUAAAAUUAUUCUCUAUGCAAAAUAGCAUGGACAUGCUCGCUUCUUUUUUCGCUGGUAGUUACGCAGUUUACAAUAGAAUGAAUCCCCAAAGAAGACAAGAACUUUACUCCAAUUUCGGGUAUUAUCCAACACAAAUACCACAACUCAUUCCGUUACAGACAGUCAGUAAUGCACAGCUAUCUUCUCUACCUGAAAGUGAGCUUAGUGAUAGAAAAACAAAACAUGACGAAGAAAGAAAAGGGAAACUAGACGAAACUCCGUCCACUGGUAAAGAAAAAAUGAAGUUUUCAAUUGACAGUAUAUUGAAUGACUCAAGAGAGGUAGCACAUGAGACGACUAAGACUGUCCCUGGACAAGCAAAUAUAAAUGUGGUAGAUUCUGAUGAAACAGACGAUGAAGACGAUAGUUUACCAUGGUUACAGUGCACGAGAUAUAAACCACCAAAACUAUCAAGAAACAAAAGGAAAGAUUGUAUUAAGAAAAGAAAGCUUGGUCGAAACCCCAGAGUUCCUUUUACACAACAUCAAGUAGCGGCAUUAGAGCAGAAAUUUCGUCGAACACAGUACCUUAGUAGUAUGGAUGUUGCUGAGUUAUCUACCCUGUUGAAUCUUACAGAAACAAGGGUGAAGAUAUGGUUUCAGAACAGACGUGCGCGCGAAAGACGAGACCGUGAAGCUGCACAAAGAGGACAAAUAAUCCAGAACAAACAAUCAACAGCCAUGUUUUCUGGAAUGCUAUGGCCGUUCUCUAACAAUGUAAGAACGCCGACGCCACCACAGACAUUCCAAUUCGGUACUCCAUCAAGUAACUCCAUAAAAUGAUUUAAACAUUCUUAUUCAUUCGUAGAGCUGAGAACGGUGUUGUU